AUGUCGGAGACAGCCGAGCCCACCCCGGAGCUACGCAUUACCGACGAAUGGCCAUGGGACACGAGCUGUGCUCAGUUCAUGGCUGUGAAGCUGCCAGAUGAGGCGUACAGGGCCGUGGUCCGCGAUUGGAUGUCUUUAGUCGAGGGCGCCAUGAGACUGUGGGUUGACGAGCGGCAGCAGCAGCCCGACCUUCUCGAUAAGCGCAUGGCGCUGAUGGUACUCUACCCCGGCCGCCGCGUUCACUUCCUGGUCGAGCCCAUGCCAAACAUAGUACCUAUCCUAUUCCGUUAUAAUGGCCGCCGGGAGUUCCGCUUGGACGAGGACGACAUCGACAACUGCAAAGCGGCGUGGCUCACCGUGGCUCGUUUUGUUAUGAACGGCGAAGGCGAGAUCGUCUGA